AUGAGCAAGCGCAACUCCAAGAAGUCAGCAAAUGCGGCGUCGCUCAACCUCGUACUGAAAGCCCUGGACAAGUACGAGCAGGAUGAUACGAGCUCGAUGCAGUCAGCGUUCGGAUCCCUCAUCGGGACCAUAGGGAAAGCGCCUUCCACGAAAGACCUGCCGCCUAAAGUCCAACCGGUCAACUAUCCGAUCCAGAACGGCGCGAGCGGUGAAGCAGCGAGCAGACUCAGUAAGCAUAGGGUCAGCAAGACGCCUUCCAAGCUAGCAGAGCGCUCCAAAAAGGCUGCCCCUGGCAGUUUGACAGGGGCAGCGCUGGCAGAAUGGCUUGAGUCGCAGGUUCCGCGCGAGGGACUCGGACACCCAGCAAUUGCAGCUUCAUACGCCGGUGACGGCGAUCCCUAUGCAUGCAUCGCGGGCACAUUUCUUCCCCUGUGGUGCUUUCUAGACGUGGAGAUAGACACAGGAGCAGUCGGCCAGCGUCCAGAGCUGGCGAAGCGGUUGCCGAUGAAGGCGGUGGGUCUGCCGCUGGAUGAUAGCACCGGCGUUGCAGGAAGCUGGUCCAGCUGCAUGGUGACGGCAUUUGACGCCUCACUUGGUCGCUUUAUUGUUUCGUGGUCGGCUGGAAAGCGUGUGGGAUCACCUGUGAUGCAUCGUGGGCUGCUGUGUCUCGAGAAAGACGACUGUGAAGCCUUCGGCCAGCGCAUUCAGCGUGCUGUGCAGCGGCGUGAACAAGCGGAGGCGGCGCUGCGCCAGUCGCUUUACGUGGAGAGCAUGCCAAUUAGCUCGGAUACUCAAUUGGAUUCCCAGACGAUCGGCAACAUUCUCCAACUCACGCUGUCUUCUUCAUCAGUGCCUACGAACAUCGGAACGUCGACGCUACUGGAGGAGGUUAAUGCUGACUACAUGUACACGAUGAACAAGCUGAUCUUCGAGACCAAUGUGGACGAUAUGCACUGCGAGUUCUCCGGCCUCAAACUGCCCAAGGUGUCCGCCCCACCGCCUCCACCCCAAUGCGGCGUCAUUGCUGUUCCAGUAUAUGACUUCAAUCGUAGGUUCCUAGACAUUGCCACAAAUAAGUUCGUGAACCUGCCGUUCGCAGUAAAUGCGUUGCUGGAUGUACGUCGAAGCUGCGUGGAUGUGGGCACGCAAAAGCUUUUGCUGGAGCAGCAGCCUACGGAGAUCAGCUUCGGUGGUGGCGCACGACCACAGCCCAAGAGCAUCACGCUGGCCGAGUUCCAUUCGUUGCAUGCGCAAAUGAGCCACACGGCGCUGCGCUUCAUGCGGGACUACUGGACGAGACUGGCGGCCAAGCGCAUCCAACUGCACUUCUCUCAAGCUCAACAUCCACACUAUAAUCCAGCGGAGCCGAAUCGCCAAAAGUACUUGGAGACGCCACUCCGUCGGUUCUUGCGGCGUGUGAACUAUAUGGUCGCAGACACACUCCGCCUGCUUAUUCAGCACAACUUCGAAGGCUACGCGCAGUUUGUCGAAGAAAUGGCGGGUUACGAAGUGGAGAUACGGGGGCCCAGCGAUAUCCACGAACGGGUGUUGACGACGGAGCAGACUGACCCCCAGCAGAAGCCCGAAGUUGAGUCUCUACCUCCAUCUGUGUCGUCGCACCAACCAUUGUUUCGUGUCGAGCUGAUCAUCUCACCCGAAAAGCACAUUCUAAACCAAAGCGAAGUAGAUAAACGUGCCGCAGAGAUUCGAGAAUGGUCCCUAGCCAACGUGCAAGACCGGUCAGCACAGUGCCCAAUCGAACCAGUGGAGCCUCGUGAAGGUUACCGCUUCGAGUACGUGACGAGCCCGGACGAAUUCAAGGGUGCCCUCUCUGGCCAGUUUGACGUCGUCCUUGAUCGCCUGAAGUCGCUGGAGCUGGUGGAGAGGCUGGUGAUGGAUCGCAUCUUCUGGCCGAAUCAAGAAAGCAUUGCGUGUCUACAGGACUCUGCGCAGUCGGUGGCUGGCCUUAAGAAGCACGUUGGGGACAUCGGUGAGCGAGCUUCGCAGCCUCUGCUGAACUAUCACCGCCAGUUCGAUCAGUACAUCCCACUGCUCAAUCUGGACGUCGACGAGUAUCUGAAGUCGAUCAUUCGUGUGCAGCCUGAGGGGAAUCCAGAAGGCGAAGACGGCGAACCUGCCCCUCUUCUCCCCCCAGUUGAGCUGAAUGAACUCCGUCGACUGUUAGCCUAUCACCGGGAUGAAGAGGAGAGACUAAUGGAGACCAUUCCGUCUCGUGCAGUGAACCUGGGGCUGUUUCAGGUCGAUCUUACGAACAUUCGCUUUACGUUGGCGAAGAAGCACCGCGAUAGCUUUGCGCGGUUGUUGGAAGCUCAAGUUACUUAUUGUUUCACAGUGGCGACGCGCAUCAUGAGCAAGUUCGACGAGAUUAACCAGACGUUGUCGUCAACGCCGAAGGAUAUCGAGAGUCUCACUGCACUUCAGGAGUAUAUCGCUGGUCUGCCUGCUCUGUUGGCCCCGCUGCAGGAAGAAAUCUCCCAAAUGAUGCGCGACAACACGCUCAUCGACGAUUUCCGCCACUACGUCAGUGACGAGCACCUCCGACUCACGUGGCAGGUGCAAGGCUGGCCUAGCAAGGUGCUGGCACAGAGUUCACGCUUCAAGCACGCACUUGAGGAGCGCAAGGGGAAGUUCGCCAAGCAGAUGGAGUCCGAACAGGAACGCUUCGAGAAGACGCUGGCUGCGCUGCAAGAUGAGAUCGAGACCUUCUCGCGCUACGACAACCUAGCCUUUGUGGACGACGUCGCCCACCACGCGAUGUCCGUUCAGCGGAAGCUGGAGCAAGCCCAGCAAGACGCGAUGCUGUUCAAUAGUCGGGAGACGCUUUUCGGUCACGAAGUCACGUCUUACGAUGCACUGGCGAGCGCCAAGAAGACGUUCGAGCCGUAUCACCAGCUCUGGUCCACGUCCUACAACUGGAUCCAGAGUCGGAAGACAUGGAUUCAAGGAAGCUUCACUGACAUUGAUGCAGAGCAGGUUGAGAAGCUCGUUGACACAUACAGCACGGGGAUUCAGAAAGCCUAUAAGUUCUUCAGCAACAGCGGCAACGAGGCGUGCUCGAAGAUCGCAGAGACGGUCAAGGAGCAGAUCUCCGUAUUCAAGCCAUACGUCCCACUCAUUGUAGCUCUGCGCAACCCAGGAAUGCGUCUUCGCCACUGGGAGGAGCUCAGCAAGAGUCUAGGCUUCGCGCUGGAGAUCGACGAGAGCUUCACCCUUACCAACAUCUUCCAGCUGAAUCUGUUGGACCGUAUCGACGACAUCGUCAAGGUGGCCGAGGCUGCAGGGAAGGAAUACCAAGUUGAACAGGCCCUGCGAACGAUGAAGGCAGCCUGGGAGAGUGUGGAUCUACAGAUCAUAGCGUAUCGUGAGACUGGCACAUAUGUGAUCAAAGGUGUGGACGAGAUCCAGGCCAUCUUGGACGAACACGUGACCAUGACGCAGGCCAUGAUGUUCUCGUCGUUUAAAGGUCCCUUCGAGGAGGAGAUCAUCGAGUGGAACUCGACCCUGCAGCUGAUCUCGGAGGUACUGGAGGAGUGGCUGGCAGUGCAGCGCAACUGGCUGUACUUGCAGCCCAUUUUCGAGUCCCCAGACAUCAACAAGCAGCUCCCCGCAGAGGGCAAACGGUUUGCGUCUGUGGACAAGAACUGGCGCCAGACUCUUGCGUCGGCUAAGGCUAAACCCAAGUGCGUCGAGUUCUGUCGGAGUACCAAGCUACUGGAGAGAUUCCGAGAGUCGAAUCACUUCCUGGAGCUGGUUCAGAAAGGUUUGAGCGACUACCUCGAGGUCAAGCGCUCAGCAUUCGCACGCUUCUACUUCCUUUCAAACGAUGAGUUGUUGUCCAUCCUGUCAGAGUCUAAGGACGUCAAGCUUGUGCAGCCGCAUUUGAAGAAAUGCUUUGAAGGUAUUGUCCAAGUUACUUUCGAAGACGACCUGAACAUUAGCGCCAUGAUUUCCGCAGAAGGCGAAAAGGUUCCGUUCUCAGCCAUGGUGGACCCUAAGGGCAAGAACGUGGAGCACUGGAUGAUGGAGGUCGAGGAUAUGAUGAAGCUCUCGAUCCGCGACAUCAUGGAGCGCGCUAUCGCGGAUUACACGCAGAUCGAUCGGUCUCUCUGGAUUCAAAAGUGGCCGGGAAUGUGCGUACUCAACGGCAGUCAAAUGCACUGGACGCGUGAGAUGGAGGAGGCCAUGGAUGCUGACGGACGCGAAGGUGUGAAGAAGAUGAUGACUCGACAGCUCGGACAACUGGCGGAUAUGGUCACGCUCGUGCGGGGCAACCUUGACAACAUGGCUCGCAUCACGUGUGGUGCUCUGACGGUUAUCGAUGUGCACGCUCGAGAUGUGACGCGCAAACUCGUGGCCCAAAACGUCGAGUCCAAGGGAGAUUUCUUGUGGAGUUCGCAGCUCAAGUACUACUGGGCAGACAAGAACCUGUGGGUGCAAGCAGUGACUUCAAGGCGUCCGUAUGGCUACGAGUACCUCGGAAACUCGUUCCGACUUGUGAUCACGCCGCUGACUGAUAAAUGUUAUCUAACGCUGAUGGGAGCGCUGCAGAUGAUCCUCGGUGGGGCCCCCGCUGGUCCUGCCGGUACUGGGAAGACCGAGACAACGAAAGAUCUGGCCAAGGCGCUGGCCAAGCAGUGCGUCGUGUUCAACUGCUCAGAUGGUCUGGACUACAUCGCAAUGGGUAAAUUCUUCAAAGGGUUAGCAUCCUGUGGAGCUUGGGCAUGUUUCGACGAGUUCAACCGUAUCGACAUCGAAGUGCUUUCGGUGGUCGGGCAACAAGUCGUGACCCUGCAGCUCGGUAUUCGUCGUGGUGACACACGAAUCGUCUUUGAAGGCUCCGACAUCAAGCUCAGUGAUCAAUUCGGCGUGUUCAUCACCAUGAACCCCGGUUACGCCGGACGUAGUGAGCUGCCCGACUCGCUUGCGGCACUUUUCCGUCCUGUGGCCAUGAUGGUCCCGGAUUACGCCCUGAUCGGAGAGAUCAUGUUUUUCGCCUACGGGUUCUCGGACGCCCGCGCGCUCGGCGCUAAGAUGGUGACGACGUUCAAGCUCUGCUCGGAACAGCUUUCGUCGCAGUUCCACUACGACUACGGUAUGCGCGCCGUGAAGACUGUGAUCACGGCAGCUGGUAACCUCAAGCGCGAUGACCCCGACAUGGACGAAGACGUAUUGCUGCUGCGUGCUCUGCAGGAUGUGAACUUGCCCAAGUUCCUGGCACACGAUAUCCCGCUGUUCAACGGUAUUAUCAGCGAUUUGUUCCCGGGUAAAUGCCGCCCCAACUUGGAUCUCGGAGCCCUUAUCAGCGUGAUAAAGCUCCAAACCCACCGCCUGAAUCUACAGCCCGUGCCGUACUUCCUUACAAAGUGCAUCCAAUUGUACGAAACGAUUGUAGUGCGACAUGGUCUAAUGGUUGUCGGCGCUACUGGGGGUGGGAAAUCGUGCAACAUUGCUGUGCUGGCUGACGCGCUGACAGAACUGAGGCGACGAGGGGAGUCUGGAUUCGCGUUCGAGAAGGUGAUCAAAUACCAGUUGAACCCCAAAUCCAUCACCAUGGGCCAGCUCUACGGUGAGUUCGACGCCAACACACACGAGUGGCAGGACGGUAUUUUAUCCACACUAUACCGUGCUGCUGCCAGCGACACAAAGCCCGACCGCAAGUGGGUCAUCUUUGACGGGCCUGUAGAUGCUAUCUGGAUUGAAAACAUGAACACGGUGCUUGACGACAACAAGAAGCUGUGCCUGAACAGUGGCGAAAUGCUGCAGAUGUCCAAGCAAAUGACGAUGAUGUUCGAGGUGGAGGAUCUAUCGGUGGCUUCCCCGGCUACCGUCAGUCGGACAGGUAUGGUGUACAUGGAGCCCAGCACGCUAGGUCUCGGUCCUCUUGUAGACUCGUGGGUCGAGAACCUCCCGAAAUCAGUCGCGCCGUUCGCGCAUGUCUUCAUGAGGCUCUUUGACGUGUACUUGUACUCGGCCGUCACGUUCAUUCGGUCCUUUCUGGGCGAGCUCGUCCCCACCAUGGACAACAAUCUAGCUCAGAGUCUCAUGAACAUCCUGGACUGUACUCUGGACCCAUUCCGUGAAAAACCAUCGGCCGAUGGCACUGGUGAGCCACAACCAGCGUCCAAGACUCCCAACUUGCAGUUCAAAGACGAUAUCGAACCGCUGUUCAUCUUCGCGUUGAUCUGGUCUGUGGGCGUCUCUACAAAUGAUGCGGGUCGGGUGCGAUUCGAUAGUUUCCUGCGGAGUGAGCUGGUGGCGAACAACUGCAAGCCCUCGCUUCCCCCCAGUGGGCUAGUGUACGACUACUGCUAUCAGCUCUCCAGCCACAAGUGGGUUCCCUGGAUGAGCACGGUUAAUCCGUACAAGGUUCCAGCCAACUCGUCGUUCGCCGAGAUUGUCGUGCCUACAGCCGACUCUGUGCGUAACAACUAUCUACUCGAAGAGCUCAUGAGUGCGGGUAAGCACGUGCUCAUGGUCGGCGGUACGGGUACCAGCAAGACGGUGAACAUCACGCGCUACCUGCAGUCUUUGCCUGCUGAUGUCUACAUCCCCAUUCCGAUCUCCUUCUCGGCUCAGACAUCAGCCAACCAAACGCAGGAUAUGCUCGACGCCAAGAUGGAGAAGCGACGGAAAGGUGUGUACGGUCCACCAGCAGGCAAGAAGUACAUUAUCUACGUGGAUGAUCUGAACAUGCCUAAGCGCGAGAAGUACUUCGCCCAACCACCGCUGGAACUGGUACGCCAAUGGUUCGACCAAGGUGGUUGGUACGACCGCAAGCUGCUCGUCUUCCGCAGUAUCAUCGACAUUCUGUUCGUGGCUUCCAUGGGUCCUCCUGGUGGUGGACGCAAUCCAAUCACCCCACGCUUGGUUCGUCACUUCAACGUGGUGGGUUACGCCGAGCUCGGCGAUGACAGCAAGACCAUCAUCUUCAGUACGAUCCUGGGCAACUUCUUGAGCUCCGGCUUCCCCCCGGAGAUCGGGCGGCUCACGGACAACGUCGUCCGUGCCUCCAUUAGCGUCUACAAUACGAUCUGCCGCGAGCUCCUCCCCACGCCGGCAAAGUCGCACUAUACGUUCAACCUCCGUGACCUGGCCAAGGUGUUCCAGGGCAUGCUCAUGGGCGAUAGUCGACGCAUCACGGAGACGGACUCGUUGAUUCGCCUGUGGGUGCACGAGUGCAAGCGCGUCUACGAAGACCGAAUGAUCUCCCUGCAGGACCACGACUGGUUCCGCGAGCUCAUGCGCUCGUCGACCAAGGAGUUUUUCCAGCGCGAGUACGACCAGGUCGUGACGAACGAGCACUUGAUCUACGGCGACUAUUUGGUGCCCGGGGCGGACCCGAAGAUCUACGAGGAAGUGGUUGAUGUGGACAAGGUGCUGAACAUCAUGGACGAGUAUCUGCUCGACUACAACGCGGAGAGCAAGUCGCCCAUGUCACUGGUGUUGUUCAUGGACGCCGUGGAGCAUGUGUCUCGAAUCUCGCGCAUUAUUCGGCAGCCUAUGGGCAACGCUCUGCUCCUCGGAGUCGGUGGCAGUGGUCGCCAGAGUCUCACGAAGCUUGCGACCUUCAUGGCUGGCUACAAGUGUUUCCAGGUGGAGAUCGUCAAGGGCUACGGCCUCACGGAGUGGCGAGAUGAUGUCAAGAAAUGUCUGCUGCUUGCAGGUGUGAAGGACACACCGGUUGUGUUCCUCUUCUCAGACGUCCAAGUGGUUAACGAGACAAUGCUCGAAGAUCUCAAUGGCGUUCUAAAUGCUGGCAAUGUGCCCAAUUUGUACGGACCUGAAGAUCUGGACCAAAUCAUCACUGCGUGUCGAGUUGACUGCCAGAAGCGGCAGCUUCCCCCAACAAAGACCAACAUCUUCCAGCAGUAUAUCAACCGUGUGCGGCGUAACAUCCACCUAGUGAUCUGCAUGAGUCCCCUGGGUGGGCUGUUCCGCGAUCGGUUGCGAAUGUUCCCGUCACUGGUGAAUUGCUCGACCAUCGACUGGUUCAGUGAAUGGCCUGCGGAAGCUCUCAACUCCGUGGCUUCGGCAAUCCUGAGCGAUGGAAAUCUAGCGCUGGGUGACAAGCUCCCCGCUCUCGUGGAGGCUUUCAAGAUUGUGCAUCAAAGCGUGGAAGAAGCCUCGAAGCAGUUUUACAACACUCUGCGACGAUAUUUCUACGUGACUCCGACGAGUUAUUUGGAGCUGUUGUCUGCGUUCAAGUCCGUGCUCGUUAUGAAGCGCGAGGAGGUGAACAUGAUGCGAAGUCGGCUGCAGAAUGGUGUGGACAAACUCUCAGAAACCAAGUCGAUUGUUGCCACUAUGCAGACGGAGCUUGUGGAGCUUCAGCCCGUUCUUGCGGCAACACAGUUGGAGGUGGAGCAGAUGAUGGUCCAGAUCGCGAAAGACAGCACUGAAGCGGAUAUCACCAAAGCCACAGUCGAGAAGGAGGAAGCGGCCGCCAGUAUCAAAGCCAGCGCCACAAAGGAGAUCGCAGACUCAGCCCAACGUGACCUCGACGCUGCUCUACCAGCUCUGGAGUCGGCUGUGGAAUGUCUGAAUCGUCUGAAAAAGGCUGAUAUUGAUGAGGUUAAAGCACUCAAGACCCCACCUGCAGGUGUCAAGCUGACGAUGGAAGUUGUGUGUAUCCUCUUUGGUCAGAAACCUGUGAGCAAACCGGACCCGGAUCGACCUGGUAAAAAGAUCAAUGACUACUGGGAGGUAGCACAGAAGGUGGUGCUCUCGAACGCGAACAAGUUCUUGGAGAAUCUGCUCGGCUUCGACAAGGACAACAUCCCCGAUGCCAUCAUCACCAAGGUGGCGCCUAGUAUGGAGGAUCCGAACUUCACGCCGGAGGCUAUCGAGAAGUCCUCGAAAGCUUGUACUGCUAUCUGUAUGUGGGCACGAGCCAUGUACACGUAUCACUUCGUGGCGAAAGCUGUCGAGCCCAAGAAGCAGGCGCUCGCACAGGCUCAGAAAGAGCUCGACGAAACUCUAGCAGUUCUCAAAGGUGCUCAAGACAACCUGCAACAGGUGAGCGAUCGACUGGCGGAGCUGGAGCAGUCGUACAAUGGAGCAGUGGCGAAGAAAGAGGAGCUCGGAAGGAAAGUGGUGCAGUGUCAAGUUCAGCUGCAGAAUGCUGAGCGACUCAUUGGUGGACUUGGUGGCGAAGAAGCACGUUGGAAGGAGACAGUUGCGCAGUUGACUCUCGACUACGCUAACCUCACUGGAGACGUGCUCGUAUCUGCGGGCACGAUUAGUUACCUGGGUGCCUUCACGGCUGAAUUCCGCGAACAGCUUGUAGCAUCCUGGCACGAGGCUCUGGUGAAGCACGAAGACCCCGUAAAAUUGCGAGCGUGGCAGAUCGCUGGACUCCCGACGGAUACCGUGUCGACGCAGAAUGGUAUUAUUAUGGGGCGUGCGCGACGAUGGCCGCUGCUGAUCGACCCGCAGGGCCAAGCCAACCGCUUCAUCAAGAAUCUUGGUCGUGACAAGAAGCUUUGCGACAAUGGGAUGGAUGUGGUGAAGCAGUCGGACCGUGGAUUCCUCCGUGCCUUAGAGAAUGGCUUGCGGUUCGGUAAGUGGGUACUGCUGGAAAACGUGGGGGAGGAGCUUGAUGCAGCUCUGGAGCCUGUGCUGCUGCAGCAGAAAUUCAAACAAGGCGGUCAGGACAUGAUUCGUCUGGGUGAGAACGUGAUUCCAUACAACGACAGCUUCCGCUUUUUCCUCACGACAAAGCUCGCCAACCCACACUACGCCCCAGAAGUCUGUGUGAAGGUGAGUCUCUUGAACUUCACUAUCACCAUGAAAGGCCUCGAGGAGCAGUUGCUGGGCGUGGUGGUGCUCAAGGAGCUACCUGAGCUUGCAGCAAAGAAGAACGAGCUUGUGGUAUCGAAUGCUGAGGGUAAACGGCAGCUCUACGAGAUUGAGAACCAAAUCCUCUACCUCUUGUCGCACUCUGAGGGAAAUAUUCUGGAUGAUACGAACCUCAUCGAGACGCUGGCGUCUGCUAAAGAGACUUCAGCUGUGGUGAUGGCCAAGAUGCGAGAGGCGGAAGAGACCGAGAAGGAGAUCGAUGCACGCAGUGACGGGUACCGUCCGGUGGCUUUCCGUGCGGCGUUGCUGUUCUUCUGCAUCGCCGACCUCGCACUGGUGGAUCCAAUGUACCAGUAUUCGCUGACGUGGUUCACGGGGCUGUUCAUCCGCGGCAUCCAAUCGGCCAAGCCCAGUGCUCAACUCGAGACUCGACUCACAAACCUGAACGAUUACUUCACGUACUCGGUCUACAAGAACGUGUGUCGCUCACUCUUUGAGAAGCACAAGCUGCUUAUCUCGUUCCUGCUGACCAUCAAGAUCAUGCAAGGCAACAACGAAGUGGAUGCCGGUGAAUGGCGCUUCCUGCUGUCUGGUAUUGGCUCUAGUCCGCCUGUCGAAGCGGAAAACCCGGCUAGUCGGUGGCUAGAAGCCUACGCAUGGCAGCAAAUCUGCGCGCUCGCGAGCUUCCCUUCGUUCAGCGGUUUGGAGGUCGAUUUCGCCAAGCAUGUAGCUGUCUUCCGCGCCAUCUUCGACUCGACAGACCCCGAGAACCAGCCUCUGCCUGGGGAAUCACUGUCCAAGCUGGAUGAGUUCCAGAGGCUGUGCAUUCUGCGAGUCCUGCGGCCUGACAAGAUGAUGCCGGGGAUCCAAAACCUGGUGUGCUCCAAGUUGGGCAAGGAGUUCAUUGAGCCUCCGCCGUUCGACCUCGCCAACACGUUCGACGAUGCAAGCCCCACCACGCCGUUGAUCUUCGUGCUAUCUCAAGGCUCCGAUCCAGCCAAGGACUUGCACGGGUUCGCUGUUAGCACCGGGAUGGAAAGCAAACUCAAGUCGAUCGCUCUGGGUCAGGGUCAAGGUACUUUAGCCGCACGCCUUAUUGAAGGUGCUACGACCAAGGGCGAGUGGGUACUGCUACAGAACUGCCACUUGGCGCUGAGUUGGAUGCCCGAGCUGGAACGGAUCUGCGAAGAGCUCGACCCGACCAAACUCCACGAGAACUUCCGCUUGUGGCUUACGAGUAUGCCGACCCCGGCCUUCCCUGCGUCAGUGCUGCAGGACGGAGUCAAGAUGACGAAGGAGGCGCCCAAAGGGCUACGCGCGAACCUCAAGAACACGUACUACAAGCUGGAUGAGACUCGACUCGGGGCGACGCGAAAGCCCGACGUGUUCCGCAAGCUGCUCUUUGGACUCUGCUUCUACCAUGCCAUAGUUUGUGAGCGGAAGCGCUUCGGUGCACUCGGGUGGAACAUCCCGUACCAAUUCAACGAGACGGACCUCGACAUCAGCGUCGCGCAGCUCGAGAUGUUCCUGGACACGUACGACCAUGUGCCUUUUGACGUGCUGCAGGUGAUGACGUCCACCAUCAACUACGGCGGGCGAAUCACGGACGACAAGGACAUGAGAACGUCGGACGUCAUUCUCAUGACGUUCUUCAAGCAGGCCAUCCUGCAGAAGGACUACGCGUUCUCAAGGAGCGGCAUCUACUACUCGCUGGACUGCGACCCCCGCAAUGCCUACGAGAGCUACGUCAACUACAUCAACACGCUACCGAUCAACCCUGAACCCGAAGUGUUUGGCAUGCACGAGAACGCCAACAUUACAAGUGCCCAAGCUGAGACGUACGAGGCCUUCGACCUGCUGCUGUCGUUGCAGCCACGCGUGAGCUCCGGUGGAGGCAAGAGUCGUGAGGAAAUCAUCGCCGACGCUGCUCAAGCCAUUGCGUCUCAGUUGCCAGCUCAAUUCGACCUGGAGCACGUCCAAGCGGCCUACCCUGUAUCAUAUGACGAGUCGAUGAACACGGUGUUGGCUCAGGAGGUGGAGCGAUUCAACAAGCUCCUGGCCGUCAUGAGGAGCACUCUGCAUCUGGUGCAGCAAGGUCUGAAGGGUCUGGUAGUCAUGUCCACUGAGCUUGAAGCCAUGGGGGCGUCGCUGUAUGACCAGAAGGUGCCUGUCGUGUGGGAAUCCAAAGCCUAUCCGUCCCUCAAGCCGCUUGGUGCCUGGGUCAAGGACCUUCUCGAGCGGUUGGCGUUCAUCUCGAACUGGAUCGCGCACGGUAUCCCGGCCGUGUUUUGGAUCUCGGGCUUCUUCUUCCCGCAGGGUUUCAUGACUGGCACGAUCCAAAACCACGCGCGCAGAUACAAACUGCCCAUCGACUCGCUGUCGUUCCAGUUCAUCAUGAUGCCUGAGAGCGUCGAGCAGCUCGUGACGCGGCCGGUGGACGGCUGCUACACUUACGGUUUGUUCUUGGAAGGAGCUCGCUGGAACCCGGAGAUCAAGGCGCUGGACGACCCGCUGCCUCGCGAGCUCUUCGCGAAGAUGCCGGUCAUUCACCUGUUCCCGCAACCGAAUCGCGAAGCCCCGCAACGAGGCAUCUACCGGUGUCCGGUGUACAAGAUCCUCACGCGCACUGGUACGCUGUCGACUACUGGCCACUCGACGAACUUCGUCAUGUGGCUCGAGAUUCCGGCCAACAAGCCAAACAUCUUCCGGAACUCGCUCGUAUCCGAGACCAACGCGCAGGUGCUUUUCGCCGACCAGGAGUACUGGAUCAAGGCCGGCGUGGCCUGCUUCUGCAGCCUGCGGUACUAA